AUGGAAGAUCCUGAGUAUGCCACAAGUCUUGGUGAAGAUAUGCAAGAUUACACAGACGACGAGAGAUGUGCGCGUGAGGCUGAGGCCAUCAAUCUUCAACGUGGCCCUGACCAUGAUGAAGUGCUUGAAACAAUGCACCUUUUCAGCGCCAACGUCAAGAUGUGCGGAAAGCGCGUCAAAGUCCUGUUUGAUGAGAUCCUGCAGCGAGGCACUGACAGACAACCUCUUGUCGUGUCGGCAGAAGCCUACCAGGUCGGCACCAUUGAACUUGCACGCCAUGCUAUCUGCGCAGCCUCUUCCUCCAUCGAAAAGGCCUGCGAAGCUAUGCAAGAUCUCCAAGAUGUCCCAACCGAGAUUGAAGAAGCCCUCUUCGAAAUCGCUAGGAAUGCUGUUUCCAUCGCCAAGAAAUGUGUCGAGGAUGCUCAGGGAGUCAUUUCUAAGGCUCAGAACGCUGUUCCCCAGAUCCAGAGUGUCUUACUCACUACUCUGGAUGGGCUUUCGGGUUCCCUCCGUGUUCUUUCGGGCGCUCUGAAUGGCCUCUCCUGCGAGAGCGACCAGCAAGGUGACUCUGAGGCACGGAUCCGCGGCGCUGCUGAUAAGAAGCUGAAGGUCGUCUUUGGACCUCACAAGUACAAUCUUAUGCAUAUCAUUGGGCAUCAGCGGGUCAAACCUCAUACCAACUUCAGACCCCACAUCCCAGGGUUUGAUGCGGCCUCCAAACCCGAGCUCCGUAUUCUCGGUGUUAAAGUCGAUCAGAAGCUGACUUGGCAAUCCCAUAUCGAUGAGAUCGUGGCGAAGGUCAGGAAGCGGCUUGGCUAUCUGUCUACCAUCUCGAAACGAACGACGGGGCCGACAUUACAGACCAUGCGACUCUAUUACCUGACCAUGAUCCGGUCAGUGAUCACCUAUGCCUGA